CCUCCUCGCGCCUUUUCCAGAACCUUCUGCAACCCUCGUCGGUUCACUUCUGCUCCCAGGUCAACACUUAAUUUGUCCUCCAGCCAAGGGACUGCCUAGUACUACCAUCAGCACCUGCCUGUUCUCGUUCUUCCCUGGCUUAAAACCCGCGGGCUUUUCCUUUUGAACGCCUAGUUUCCCGUUCCGAUUCUCGCGACAGUUCCGAAACCUCGCGUGAAACUUGUUUCCCGUCCCCUCGGAGUUUGGGGUGGUCGGUGGACAGCUCUCGUCCACCUUCGUCAGAAACCCUCUGGCCAGGAGCGGCGUCUGUGCGGACGGAACGCUCCUUUGAGGAGGGCUUGGUGGAGUUCGGACCCGCGCGACAAGGGGAGGGCCUCAGGCCGCAAUAGGGAGCCGGGCCGCUGCGGGCCCCGCGCGCACGCGCACUCAGGACCUAUUACACCUCCUGGGCGGGGCCUAGACAAGCCCCGCCCCUCCCUUGCCAGAAAACCGGGUUUCCUACCCUGGGAGGAUUGCCGCUUCUGGAAGCUGUUUAGGGGCUGGCAGGGGCGGGGCCUGCCUUUUUCAGGGUGGUGGGCGGGCCUCCGGGGAUGCUCUGCUUCCUGCCCCCAGCCCAAAGUGCCACCGUGGCGUUGGUGGCGGUCUCCAGACUGAACACUUUUGGCCCUGAGAUCCUCAGAUUUGCAACCUGUAAUCCGGACCCCGAGAGACGCCCUACGGGGAGUUGCCCGCCGGCCUCUCUGCGGCCGCUAGCCAGUUCCGACCUCUAAUCACCAGGCUCCUCGCUGGUUCAAGCACCUGCCCUAUGGUGGGCGGGAGGUGGCCAGAUGUGGGAUGGCAGAUGGAAACGCUUAUAGACUAGUCUGCGCCCGGUGGAGAAACUGGGUGGGCACAGCUGCACACUGUCCCCGGAGGAAGCCGGCCCUGGGCCCGCCCCCCAGAAGUGCCCAUACAUCAACGCAAACUUUCUUAGCAAUAGAACCCCUUCCUUCUUCCCAUUAUGCAUGCAGCUGUUUGCCGCUCUCAGGAACUAAAUCAGAUGAGACAGGACCUAGGGGUUCAGCCAACAGUUCGAGCUGCUCGGCUAUUCCCACCCCUACUCUUCGUCCCCAGUUCUCACACCCUUGCUUUCCCAGCUUCGGGGUCUGGUUGCGGCUGCUCUGUGCACUCACUGUGACUUUGGGCUAGGGUGGAAGUACAAGGCCCAGGGAGGGUCUCUUUGCGACUGGAUAAAAUUAUCGGCCUCAGAACCUGGGAAGAAGGCGGGUGGGUAUUCGACGUCUGGGGGCGGAGAGAGGGGGCGGAGGAGCUCCCCUUUGAAUCUUAGCCGGUGGGCUGCCGGCGAUUCUCGACAAAAGCAGAGGUGGCUAGCGGGUCUGGCUGGCGUGCAUGCAACUCUUUUCGUUCCUCUACCGUUCUUUAGGACUGGAAAUCACAGCUGUUACGAAGGGCCUAAUCCAAGGCACUAGGGUGCCACCUACGCGCUGAUGCCCCGAGUGCUCAAAGGGCUUCCAGCUAACCAUGCUGCACCUACCUUGGCGCUGCCCCUGCUACUACUAUUACUGCUGGUGGUGUGGACCCCGCUCCCCAUUAGCGCGAGGCGGUCCACAGGGACUGAUUACCUGCGGCGAGGCUGGCUGCGGCUACUAGCCGAGGGCGAGGGCUGUGCUCCCUGCCGGCCAGAAGAGUGCGCUGCGCCGCGGGGCUGCCUAGCAGGCCGGGUGCGGGAUGCGUGCGGCUGCUGCUGGGAGUGCGCCAACCUGGAGGGCCAGCUCUGCGAUCUGGACCCCAGCGCCAACUUCUACGGGCGCUGCGGCGAGCAGCUCGAGUGCCGGCUGGACGCGGGCGGUGACUUGAGCCGAGGAGAGGUGCCGGAGCCGCUGUGUGCCUGUCGCUCGCAGCGCCCGCUGUGUGGUUCCGACGGCCGUACCUACGCGCAGAUCUGCCGCCUGCAGGAGGCCGCCCGCGCCCGGCCCGACGCUAACCUCACUGUGGUGCAUCCCGGGCCCUGUGAAUCGGAGCCCCAGAUCCUAUCACAGCCUCACAAUAUUUGGAAUGUGACGGGACAGGAUGUGAUCUUUGGUUGUGAGGUGUUUGCCUAUCCCAUGGCCUCCAUUGAGUGGAGGAAAGAUGGCUUGGACAUCCAGCUGCCCGGGGAUGACCCCCAUAUCUCUGUACAGUUUAGGGGUGGACCUCAGAAGUUUGAGGUGACCGGCUGGCUACAGAUUCAGGCUUUGCGUCCUAGUGAUGAAGGUACCUACCGCUGCCUUGCCCAGAAUGCCCUGGGCCAAGUGGAAGCCUCUGCUACCCUGACAGUGCUCACACCAGACCAGCUGAACGCCACAGGAUUCUCCCAGCUGCAGUCACUUAAUUUGGUUCCCGAGGAGGAGGCAGAAAGUGAAGAGGAUUACUACUAGGUCCAGAUCUCCGAUUUGUGGGUGUGGGUGGAUAUGGUAUCCACCCCUGGUGUUGAGAAGACGUGGUGGAGAAGACUGGAAAGGGCGAGCAGGGUCCUUUCAUGGAUUGUUUAAUGCUCGUUGUAGCCUCAGUUUACCUUUUCUCAAAACUCAUCUUCUGGAAGCUUUCCACCUCACCGAGUUCCUAGGGACACUUCCCAACUGUAGUCCUUUCUGUGGUGUGAGCACAGUAGAACCCACUUAGUUCAGUGCAGUGGGAGGGGGGGGGUCAGCCAUGUCUUACACCUCUCCAGAGGAUAAAGCCCACCUGGCAUAUGACUAGACACAGUGGGCACCAAUAAAAAAUAGUCAAACGAGCCACGCGCUGCAACAGUUCUGACAGAUGUGCACGUGGAGACCAGACAUCCCUGAGUGGCCUCCCACUCCAACAGGAGGACUCCGGCAUCCAGGCAUCCAGUGAUACAAGCCCUAAGCACAGGCCUGCUCUGCUAAAGAAGGCUUGCGCUCAGGCCUAUACUGCCCUCUCCUGUCCUCUAGUGAGGGAGCCUCGAGUCGUCUGGUUGGAGGGAGGGCAGAAGUUAUCCCCCCUACCCCGUUGGGAUAGAUUGAUUACCUGUUCCCCAGUCCUUAUUCUCAUCUCCUCCCCAGGCAGAGUGGGGAAACAGGUCUAUGUGAGUGGGACCCCAAUAUGAACGUUUAAACUGAGUGGUUGGGGCGCCCGUGUUAGCCACACCCUUCCUCUGCUCCCUCAUUUCCUUCCCAUUUCCCAGCUGAACCCCAAAGUCAUAGUAACCCUAUUUCCAACUGUCCCAGCGAUGACCUGUCUUAUCUGAUUUGAAGUCCUUCACAAAAGCCUCUUUGGCCUAAGUCUCUCCUUCUAUUCUCUGGACCUAGCCCAGGGACACGGAGGAGCUUAUGAGAUUGUCUGAGGGUAGGUUGGAGUUAGUCAUCAGGCCAAGAUGCCGUGUGUGGAGAGCGACAACCUCCUACGCCCCCGGCUCCUCUUGGAGCUGGCGCCACCGCGGGGAGGGACGGCAUUUGGCUCAGCGUCUGCGUUUGCUUUGUGGGACCCAACGCAAGCUGCUGGCCCCCCUGGGAGGGGCGUGGCCGGGAACCCCAUCUUCGGGGCUGGCCACCCUUCUAGCGUGUAUGCACUGCGUUUUCAACAGCUUCUGCCUGGCGGCGGCCACUUUUCCAAUAGGGUUCUCACGGUGGUCCCCGGUGGUCGUGCUCCGCUGUUUGGGCCCAACACUUGCAACGAACUGCAAGGGAGUAGGAGAGUAGAUCUGGGUCGAGCUGGCGAGCAUCUUGCCGUGUGAUCUCAAGAAGGUCCGCUCCCCGCUGUGAGAGGGGACCUGGGUCUGGGUCCCUGCGUCCAUCGUAGCUUGUUCUUCGCUCGGUGGGAGCUCCAAGGUGCCCCUGUGGCUUGCCUGUCUCCUCUCACCCACCUGCAGAGCACAGGCUGACUCUUCGCCCAAACCCGAAAUCUGUCGCGUGGGCAGACUCUGUAGGGGGUUACCUCCUUGACACCUCAGUUUCCCCCUCUGCCGCCUCGAGGGUUUGGGCCCUGAAGCCUGGAGUGGAAGGACGCGCCGCGGCGGCCCACCGCCUUCAUCCUCCCCGCACCCCGCCUCUGCCGCAGCGGACGGGGUUUAAUAAUGUCGCCGGAAAGUGACACGCGAUUUAUUAUUAAAGUAAUGCGGGCGCGGGGACGGGAAAGGUUU